AUGGUUUUAGAUACAGAACGACCUCCUCUUCCGGCACCUACUGAACCCUCGACUCUCGAUUCCGCAGACGAAUCAACCUACCACAUAGACGAAAUCAACACCGACGUCUCCAACCGCACCGACAGAACCUCGUACUCCGUCCCCGACGACGGCACCCCCAUCACCAUCAACACCACCUCGCCCACCAAGCCCCGCGGCCAAGCGAGGCUCUCCCGCAAGUUCCCCUCGCAGACGUCGCUGCUCAUUGAGUACUUCGAGUCCGGCAAGGACGAAGGCCAGGCCGGCUCGCGAGGCAGCGUGCGCGUCCGCGUCACCCCCUCGUCUCGCAAGAGCAGGCACUCGACCGCGAGCGACAACGUCCAGAUCACCCAGACGUCCGCCAAGCGCAACUCCCACGCGCCCUCCUACUCCAAGCGCCUCUCGCUCGCGACGAGCAAGUCGUACUCCGAGCUCUACGACUCGCGCACCGUCGCCUACUCCGACCUCUCCAACAUCUCCUCCCUGCCGCCCGUCGACAUCGAGCUGCUGCCCAACCACAGCGACCUGUCUACCGACGGCGGCCGCUUCCUCCCCAUGCCCUCGGACAUAUCGUCCAUGCCCGCAGACAGCAUGACUGGCCAAACAGAGAUCCUCCCGCCCGCGCGGCGCCGGACCCGCAGCAUGGAACGCGACGCUGUCACCGAGUCCAUGGUAUCAGAGGCCAUCCAGGACACCCUCAAGGCACCCCGCCACCACCGCAGCAGAAGUCUCAGCAAAGACCGCAUCACACAGCGCGUCAUGGAGAAACUGGCGCAGCAGGCCGCAGAGGGCGGUGCUGCCCGAUCAAAACACAGCUCUUCAAAGUCAAGAGACACGUCCAGACGGCGGGAAGACGAGCUUGCCUCGCCCCGCAAGUCGCACCGCAGACGGAGCAAGGACGUCGAGCAAGCGAGUGGCACGGAGUCCAGCUACCUCUCCUCAAACGCCGACCGUCGUUCGCACGUCUCUGGGACCUCCUCCAUCAACAACCCCAAACUACUGGCCACAGUGGAGGACGCCAUCAAGCGCCUCAUCCUCCCCGAGCUGAAUGCGCUGAAAGAAGAGAACCGCACCUCCAGGAACAUGGACAAGUUCGACCGCGCGAACCGUGACAGCAUAGCCACCUUCGAAACCGUCGAAUCAGCCGGCUCUCGCGACCCAUCCAGACGCCGUGUGUCCAAAUCCUCGAGCGCACCCAAACUCCACAGCAACAAGCCCAAAGUUGUCCUCAACCGGGAUGGCGACGAUCCAGGGACGACACUGGCUGGCGGAUCAAGUCGCAAGAGCGAGCGACGAUCCAGCCGGGGCUCCAUUUCAAGCUACGCUGAUUCGACUACCCGUGAGGAGAAGGCGAAGUCCCAUCGGAGACAGAGCAGUAGCAAAGACAGCACCAUGUCUCAACGAGAUGCUGCUCUAGUUGGACUCGCUGGAGCUGGCCUUACCACUGCCGCUCUCAAGCAUCAUACUUCACGGGAAGAGAAGGAGGAGGAACGCAAACAGCGCAAGCAUCGUUCCUCCCGCAGCAGUCGAUCCGCAAGCGUAUCCGAAAGUGUGCACGAGGAGCCUCGUGUCAAGGAACGCGUCCCUCCCCUACCCUUCAACCACAGCGAGCUCAUCGGAGGAUCCGAGCUCACUCGCGACUCAAUCCUAUCCGCAGAGACCGAGACCAAGGAGAGACCGCAGUCGAGGUCAUCCGUCAGCACUGGCAUAACAGGCACGGGUGCUGAGACGCCUCUUCAACAAGUCCCUCGCGGAUACAUCUCGCCAUCACCACGCACACCAACCCGCACACCUAAUGCUCUGCAACAAACGCUCGGCACGUCCCAUAGCAACAAAUCUACCAACGAGGUCCGCACAUCAACGCCGAAGAGUGACCGCAGCUGGACCUCACGCUCGAAAGAAGCCACCGACGCCAGCUUAAAUGCAGCAGCUGCUGCCAAAGCCCGCGCAAUCGAGCGAUCCGGGCCCCAAGCUUCAGAAUACGAGAUCGAAAGCGACACGCAAUCAAGACGUGGUGACACUGUCAGCCCAAUACAGAGCGAGGCUAGCUAUCGGGGAGAUGCGCAAACCACGGGCUCACCACGAAGAAUGCACUCUAUCCGUAGUGGACCUUCGGUGUCUUCUCUCGGCCAUCAAUUCGAGCGAAGGGAGUCCAACCUCUCCAUUGCAUCACUCUCAUCGACGACUAGCACCAAGGCGGCGGCACGCACCCGUAAGCGACCUCAGGGCGUUACUCUCGAAAGCAAGAGGUCUAUCCUCAAUGAGGAUGCAACCACCAAGGACACCAAGCAAUUCUUCGAUCGCAACCACGAGAAGAAUGACAUGUACCGACGUGAACUUGAGGAUAGCUCUGUGAACUACAACCGUAUGACCAUGUACACCGACGAUAGCACAGGAGUGGAAUACCUCGACCACGAGCAGAAGGUCGGUGAUCUUCAGGACAUUCGCAAGGUCGGCACAAUUCCUGAAUACGUCCACACACCACUGGCCGUGGAGUCUGCUGUCGCCUCCCUACAUGACGAGCAGUCCACCCUCAGCGUUCGAUCCUCUAUGGCCACAAGCCCGCUCAAGAAGAGCACGCUGUCGCAGGUUCACACGAACCCAGCUUACGUCCAAACCGACGAAGUACCUGCCGGCCAGAGGUGGGCCGCCAUUCGCGACAAGGCCGAAGCUCUGCAACAGGAACGACGUGCCGAGGAGCCUCCAAAGCAAAACAUUGCUCGUGAGAACUCUCCUAGGCAAAGCAUCGCGCAAUCCGAGGCACAGUCUGAGGAUGCCAUGUCGAUGGAUGAACCGAUACAGAUGCAUCACAGCGCCUACCCAGUUGGUGACAACGAUAUGAUGCCUGAGAUUGGCUACGGCAUGGAUGAUGACUCGGAUGUAACUACCAACCCAUCGAUCAUCCAAGGGCCAAUCGGAGGAGGCGACGGCUACCACGAUCGUACCGACGAGCUGCUCAGCCGACAAGAAGAGCGAGAGCGUACUCCCACCUCUUUCAGCAAGGGUGCCCUCGGACUCGGAGCUGGAGCUGCUGCCAUGGCCGCUGCUGCUGCUUACGAAAGAGAAGAGCAGCAGAGUCCGGCUUCGUUCGAUCAACGACACCAGGCCACCGUAGAAGAUGAAUAUGAUCAUCCCUAUCCAGGUGAGCAACAAUACGAGCAGUCAGGCUAUGCGCAGAGUAACCGCACUCCUUUGUCAGGCCAAACCGGCUGGAAAGACGAGGGUUACCAGUCGGCUAACCAACGUGAAGCGUACACGCCACAAAACCGCAAUCACUCAAAGAUCUUUGAUGAUGACGGCUACGGUGAUGAGUACAAUGGCGCGGACCUUGGCAGCCCUGACAUGUUUGCUGCUCGUGCCAAACAUGACCGACAUGUUAGUGGCAACUCACAUGGCAUGACUUCUCCUCUCUACGACGCAGCUACCGGCAAAGGCAUGGACCGCAUCGAAUCGAAGGACAUCGUGGCUCUCAUGGAUCACCUCACUGUUCGCGACGCCCAGCGCAAUGCUCGCGACACCGAAAUUCUCGUCACCCUUGUGCGAAGCGCCGCGGAGAUGCGCAACCAGUUGGAUGACCUGAGGCAGUUCAUCAAGACCCAAGACACGAUGAUCAUGAACACCACCGACAAGCGAGUCAACCUUGCGGAGCAACGCAUUCUUGGCGGUCCCCGUCCUCAGCCUCAGACACCGCCUCGUAUCAACCGUACCUCCUCAGACGAUGAUAUCGAGACCAAGAAGAAGAACGUCUUUAGGCGCGCACUCAAGGGCCUCAGCUCUGGCAAGGGAGAUGGCGAUAUCAAGCACAUCGAGCAAAUGCUCGUUCAGUUGCUUGGUGAGGUCGAGGGCCUGAAGCAAGUCAACCAGCUUUCGUUGGACCAGCAGGCGAGGACGAAUAGUCUCAACUCGUAUGAAGAACUCCGAGCAAGCGGUGAUGCGGGUUACGAGCCAGAGGGCCGUGCCAACACUGCCUCUUCGCCAGACCAAUCUGGCUACUUCUCCAACCCUUCGUCUUCCCGCCGCAUCCAAGAUCUUCACUCUGGAUACGAUGUUGUACCAACGAACCGUAUUAGCACAGUACGGGAAGAGAGCGACGAGGAGUACGAGGAGCGUACCCGUACACCGGGCUACGAGAAUACCGAGCGCAUGACAACGCCAACCCAGGAAGCUUUCCCCGAAAAGCGUGCUUCGCUAGGAACUCCUCCACAAGCUUCAAGGGCAGCGCGGAACUCACAGAGCGAUGACACUACCCCGAAGCGCAAGCACAAGUCUAACUCGUCGUCCAUCUUUGGUAUUCCCAAGAUCUCGCGAUGGUCAAAGACCACUACCUCCACCAACCCAGAGAGCCUGCCACGCAACAGCGGGUCUGGAGAGAGGCGACCCCACUCCAUGCACUCCAGGUCUUCUUCCCAGGAUGACUACUAUGAUGACGAAGAACCAUAUGAGCAGCAUGCCGAUGACAGACUUCGUUCCAACACAUCCCUAGCAAGGGAAGAGCAGCGUUCGAUCCGUUCUGCACGCUCUCCGUCGCCUCUUAUCCCAGAGGACAUCCAAUACGAGAUGGAAGACCCCAAGUACCAGGCGCAUCGCAACUCGCUGAACCUGCAGCAUCCCCAGCCGCGACCUGGGCCAACCGGUCGUCACCAGAACAAUUUGGAGACGCAAGCGCAAAUCUACAAUCCUGUUCGCUCGAGCAUAGGAUCACCUGACUACGACCAAUGGGGUAGCAUGCCAUCGCUGGCACGCAACCGUCUUUCAGGCAUGUCGGCUCAACAGGGUGCUGGCAACCUGUCGCCAAUCUCAUCAGAUGGCUACAGCCAACACUCUGCUUCUGAGCAGCAGGCCGGCCCCCCUCGGCCUCCCAAGAUCGCGGAUGACGGCCCGCUCGUCCCACCACCACAGCUGCUUGCUGGCUACGGCCAGACAAGGCAGAUGUACAGCUCUCCGAAUGAGUUCGGUAGCCAGGGUGCUUUGACACCGCUUGCACCCAUUGCAGAGGUGCGUUACUCACUCGAGACUGACCGGGGCCAUCGCAUGACGCCCACUCCCUCGCCUCGCCCGAGCAGCCAGUACCUCCGCUCCGAGGCUAGUAUGAACAGCCCGCAGCGCAAGAUCACGGGCCCCAGGCCCAUGGGUAGCAGGAGCCCACAGCCUCAGAGCCCGCUACAGCAUUCGGACACUGUUGUUCGCAGGAAGCCGAUUCAGGACGAUGAAGAGUCUCUCGAGAGCUACCGCAGCAGUCUCGACUCGGAGAUUUUCUAG